GCUCGGGAACCCUUCACGAGAGUGGGAGUGCCCACCACAACAGCAAAGAGCCGUCGGCAUCAAUCGCCCAAAUCCUCGAAGUCCAAGGCAACACCGCCUUCUUCCAAGCCACCACCGCAGCGCCUCUCAAUCCAUUAUCCAAGACUUCCCUCCAACUCUACCUCAUCCUCCUGACCGCAUGUCUCAAUGCCACCGCUUCGGGCUUCGAUGGCUCCAUCUUCAGCACCAUCAACGCCAUGGACCAAUAUAAAAAAUACUUCCACAAAGAAGAAACCGGAGCUUCCACCGGAAUCAUUUUCGCCAUCUACACCAUCGGCAGCAUGGUCGGAGCCAUUUUCACCGGCGCCAUCGUCGACAUUGGCGGACGGCGAGCGGGCAUGGGCGUGGGAGCGGUGAUUCUCAUGAUUGGAGCAAUUGUGGUGACGGCAGCGCAGACGCAAGCAUAUCUCCUCGGGGGGCGAUUUGUGCUGGGAUUUGGAAUUGCCUUGGGAACAUCGGCUGCUCCGACGUAUGCGAUUGAGUUGGCUCCGCCGCAGUGGAGGGCGAGAGUGACGGGGUAUUAUAAUACGUUUUUUUAUUCUGGAUCGAUUCUCGCGACGGGCGUGACGUAUGCGACUGCGAAGAAUAAGACUUCGGAGUUGGCGUGGAGGUUGCCGUUGGGGUUGCAAUGUAUUCCACCCCUUUUCAUACUCUUGGGAUGUUUCCUAAUCCCCGAAUCUCCUCGCUGGCUCUGCUCUCAUGGUCGAAUCGACGAAGCCACCCAAAUCCUCGCCAAAUACCACGGAGCCGGCGACGUGAACCAUCCCGUCGUACAACUCGAACUUCAAGAAUUUCAAGAAUCCAUCUCGGUGCAAAAAGGGCGAGCCUGGUGGGACUGGCGCCAACUCGUUCACACGCAUUCUGCUCGUUGGAGACUUCUCAUGGUACUCCUGAUGAGUUAUGGCAGUCAAUUGUCCGGCAAUUCGGUUCUCACAUACUAUUUACCGAGCAUGUACACCCAACUCGGAAUCGUUUCUACUGAUCGGAGACUGUUGCUCACUUUCGUCAAUAGCAUUGUGAGCUGUGCGGGAGCUCUCGCGGGUUCUGCGACUAAUGAUUGGAUUGGUAGACGAACGAAAUUAUGGGUGGGAUCGAUUCUGCUCGCGGGAAUCUUUUCUGCUGUUACGGGGUUUUCGUCUCAGUUUACGAGUAAAGCUGCUGCUGCUGGUGCUGGAGUGGCUCUCUCGAAUGCUGGAGUGGCUAUGAUCUUCCUCUUCGGCUGCGUCUACAGUUUCAUCUACACACCCUUAACAGCGACCUACUGCGCCGAGAGUCUCGACAAUCACACUCGAGCAACAGGCAUGGGAAUUCACAUCAUAAUGAACAACACGGCAAAUUUCUACAACACCUACGUCACGGCCAUCGCACUCAAAUCCAUCGCGUGGAAAUAUUAUUUGGUUUUUGUCGCGUUGAAUCUUACUUAUGGUAUCAUAUGGUAUUUCAUCGGCGUAGAAACCAAAGGUCGUACAUUGGAAGAAUUAAAAGAAGUUUUUGAAGCUCCUUGGCCUCCUAAAGCGGCUUUGAAAAAGGAGAAGAUGGUGAGGAAGGGGGAUGGGAGGUUGGAUCGGGUUGUUUGAUUUGUGGAAAAGAAAGAGAGAAAAGAAAGGUGGGUGGAUGAUUUAUGAAGCGUGUUUUGAUUCAAGAGGGAGGGGAGUGGAAACGAUGUGAAUUGGUUUUUUUUUGGUAAAGAUUGCUGGAGAUGGAACAAAGAUGGAAGUUGGAGAUGAAGGUUGGAGAUCGAAUAUACCUAUAGCUAGCUGGAUUUUUUCACUUUUCUGCGUAUGGGUGUGGGUGUGGAGUUGUACGCACCAGAUCAGUGAACUGAGAGUAGGUUGGAUUCCUUUUCUUUGGGAAUUGCUUGAUCAUGAUGAUCAUCAUUCUCGACCCCGAUGUAUUUUUGAAAGGGGGG